AAUUAAAAGAAUACGAAAAAAAUCUGUAAUUGGGGAAAGUGGACGUGAUUUAAAUACGACGAUACGAUAUAGUUAUUAUUUAUUGUUAUUAAAUACAAUUGCGCUUGAGACAAUGAGAUUUGAUAGUAAUUUCCGUCGGUCGACGUUGCGAAAUUUGGCGACACACUCCGAACAAUAUAAUAUUACACUCGUAAGUAGAGUUACCGAAUUGAAACGGCAAACGACGCAUCACGCACACGCGAUUUUUCAGCGUACCUAUCCUCCAUCCGUCGUCUGUCACACUAUUGUGUCUGCUAUAGUCUUCGCAGCAUCCUCUCGUCGUCGUCCUUUAGCUAUCUAUUCCAACGCAAAAUGGUCCGACCUACCGCGUUGCACUGCGUCUGGGCCUUUGGAUUUUGCGGACUUUACGGCUCGUUCGCGGACGCCGUCGUGGCCAAAUCCACGAACGGUUCGUCGCCGGCGAACCUGCGGAACAGCGUCGACGGCUUGGAAACCAGCCAAACUCGAGUCAACCAAGUGGACGGUUACCGGGUUACUGGUUCGGGUUCGGACAACCGCGUAUCAGGAAAAGAUUACGGCGGUGGUUCGGCGGGCGGUUAUGCGGUGGAAAACUCUUAUGGUCCACCCAGGGAUUACUACUACGAUGAACGACCCGAGUACUUCAGCCCUUACGAUCAGGCCAGUCACCACCUUCAGAGCAACGGACCACCACCAGAAGUAAUUUAUCAUCAGCAUCCCAACCCUCAUCUGCAGCAUCAUCAGCACGGCGGUGGAGAGGUCCAUAACUCCGGAGAGUUGAACGUACAGCCGUUGCUGUGGCCUUUGGCCGGAAUCGCUCUACUUGGAGUGCUGUCGGCCCUCGUCAAAACCCCUUUGCUAUUGCAGUUGGGUCACAUAGGCCGCCGUCGCCGCCGAAGAGAUGCAAACGACAGCGAUGGAGGAAUUGCCACGGAAACGAUCAAAUCGCUUUUGGAAAAGUUCAACGACAAGGAACGACAGGGGGAGGAUCAAAAAUCAUGUAUAGUGUGCAACAUAGUGGCGAGUAUUUACAAUCAAAAGUCCACUUGCGUUGAGAGGUCCAUCUGCGAAGUAAUGUCUCGGAAUAGACCAGAUGGAUCAGAAACAGACAAACGAUUGUUGACCACAACCAUCGCACAAGUCGUCGGAAACGAUCAAAUUCCCGAAGAGUUCAAGAAGCGUUUGGAAAAGGCUGAGAGGAUUGGCCGGAGCGGAUCCAACUGUGGACAGUUAUAUCAGUGCGGAGAGGGUGCACCGGAAAAGGUGCGCAAAUAAAUCAAAAACAACAUCGUACAUAUAUGCUUACAUAUUAUAACACAGUAUAUUCAUUUUCGAAUUGUACAUAAUUUUUAUGAAAUACACAUUGCACAUUGAAAAAUUCGUCAACACAUCCAAUAAUUUUGACUAAUAAAAACAUAGUUAUAAUUAUUUAAAAAUAUAUAUUAUUUUUGAUGGUUUUGGUUUUCUUAUUAUUUUU